UGUUGGAGUACAACCUGCGUUCCUUCUUUCCCAUCACCAUUUCCAAAUGAGGAGGGCGAACCCACUCCUCCGCACACUACCGCACUUCCUCACAUGGCGCGCCUUCCGCUUCCGCGCCAUUUGUUCCGGCCGCCUCGGCUUCGCCGGCGCCACCUCCACGACCAGCAGCAGCAGCAAACACCUCGACACCUUCACGGAGCAAUUCGAAAUCGGCUCGCGCGUGAUCACGCUCGAGACCGGUAAAAUCGCGCGCUUCGCAAACGGCGCCGUCGUUUUGGCUAUGGACAACACCACUGUCCUCUCCACCGUCACCUCCGCCAAAGGCGACGCCGUUCGCGAUUUCUUACCUCUCACUGUGGAUUAUCAAGAGAAACAGUUCGCGCAAGGCUUGAUUCCGACGUCGUUCAUGCGGAGGGAAGGUGCCCCGAAAGAGCGUGAGCUGUUGUGUGGUCGAAUCAUUGACAGGCCAAUUCGACCGUUGUUUCCAACUGGAUUUUACCACGAGGUUCAGGAUGUAAAACAAGUUCCUAAACCAACGCGUGAACUGGAUUCAGAUUGCUUGAGUAAGAUCUUAGGUUCGAGUCUUACAAAGGGAGCAUAUGUGGUUGGGAGGAGAGCUCCAGUAACGGCAAGUGUUCUUUCUUCUGAUGGAAAACAAGAUCCAGAUGUGUUGGCAGCUAAUGCAACUUCGGCUGCUCUUAUGUUAUCAGAUAUUCCUUGGGGCGGUCCCAUUGGAAUGGUUCGAAUUGGUAGAAUAUGUGGGCAGUUUAUAGUAAAUCCUACCAUGGAUGAGCUUAAAAUGAGUGAUCUUAACUUGGUGUAUGCCUGUACAAAGGAUAAAACUUUGAUGAUUGAUGUGCAAGCACGAGAGAUAUCUGAGAAAGACUUAGAAGCUGGGUUAAGAAUGGCUCAUUCGGAGGCAGUUAAGUAUAUUGAACCUCAAAUCAGACUUGCUGCUAAAGCUGGUAAAUCUAAGAAGGAAUACAAAUUGUCUAUGCUAUCUGACAAAACAAUGGAGAAAGUUACUAAUUUAGCAGAGGCACCUAUCAAAGCUGUUUUUACUGAUCCUACUUACGGAAAGUUUGAACGUGGGGAGGCAUUAGAGAAUAUUACGCAAGAUGUGAAGAGAGUUCUUAUAGAAGAAGGUGAUGAAGAAAGCUUAAAAGUCUUGUCGAAGGUUGUAGAUACAGUUAGGAAGAAGGUGGUUCGUAAAAGAAUUAUUGCAGAAGGAAACAGAGUUGAUGGAAGACAGCUAGAUGAAGUAAGGCCUUUGUAUUGUGAAGCUGGAUAUAUAUCCAUGUUGCAUGGAUCUGCACUAUUUUCCCGUGGAGAAACACAGGUUUUAUGUACAGUAACACUUGGAGCACCUACAGAUGCUCAACGCUUGGAGUCUGUCGUUGGUCCUCCAACAAAGAGAUUUAUGCUUCACUAUAGUUUUCCACCCUUCUGCAUAAACGAAGUUGGUAAACAUGGUGGUCUGAACAGGCGUGAAGUCGGUCAUGGAACUCUUGCUGAGAAAGCUCUUCUUUCUGUUUUGCCUCCGGAAGAUGAUUUUCCGUAUACAGUUCGUGUCAACUCUGAAGUUAUGGCUUCAGAUGGUUCAACGUCAAUGGCAACAGUAUGUGGAGGUAGUAUGGCUUUGAUGGAUGCUGGCAUUCCUGUACGUGAACAUGUUGCUGGGGUUUCUGUGGGUCUUGUUAGUGAGCUUGAUCCAUAUACUGGCGAAAUAACAGAUUAUCGCAUAUUGACUGAUAUUUUGGUAUAUCCCAGAACUUACCAUCUGGGUGAUAUAGACUUCAAGAUUGCUGGAACUCGAAAAGGAGUUACUGCUAUUCAGUUGGAUAUAAAACCAGCAGGAAUUCCUCUGGACAUCGUAUGUGAAUGUUUAGAACCUGCGCACAAAGCUCGUCUUCAAAUUCUUGAUCAUAUGGAACAAGAAAUUAACAUACCUCGUAACAAGAAUGACAGUACAUCUCCACGACUAGCCACCUUAAAGUACAACAAUGAUGAUCUUCGUCGCCUAAUUGGGCCAAUGGGUGCUCUAAAGAGAAAAAUAGAAGAGGAAACAGGUGCACGGAUGUCUGUAGGUGAUGGAACACUUACAAUAGUUGCCAAGAAUCAAUCUGUAAUGGACAAAGUACUAGAAAAGAUUGAUUUUAUUGUGGGCCGUCAAAUUGAAGUCGGAGGUAUCUACACAGGUAUUGUCAGCACUGUAAAAGAAUAUGGAGCUUUUGUGGAGUUUAAUGGUGGCCAGCAGGGCCUACUCCACAUAUCUGAGUUGUCACAUGGACCUGUUUCCCAAGUUUCGGAGGUUGUCUCUGUUGGCCAGAAACUUUCUUUGAUGUGCAUAGGCCAAGAUGUUCAUGGUAACAUUAAAUUAUCCCUUAAAGCAACUGUGCCUUGUCCUGGAAGAUUGAAGACUAAUGUAAUUGAAGGAUCUGUCACAUCUGCAAAAGAAACAGCCAACUUCUGGACCCCAGUUGGGGAUGUGUCUAGCGCACAGGAACAACAAAAUUUUGCUUCUAAGUUGUCUUUAGGUGAUCUUCGGUUAGGUGAAGCAAAAUCCCCAACCUCCCAAGUACCAGUAAUUUUAAUACGUAGUGCUGCAGAGUGUGAUGAAGAGGAGAAAUCUUCCAGAGUGAAUCUUUCUUCCAAAGUUCCUCCCGUAGAUAAUGGGGUCCAAUUGAAUCGCAAGUCCAAAUCUAGUCAAUCUCAAAAUGCAAUUGAUUUUGCACCCAAGUCAAAAUCUCGUACAUUUCAAGAUAUUAUUGAUGCUCUACCUUCUCGUUCAGGACCCUUGCCAUAUACAAAUGUUAAGAAGACAAAACUUUCAAUUCAGAAAGAGUCAAAAUCUGAUCUUCAGAUGCCUGAGGGGGAUGAGCAGGAACCUAAAGAUAAGGCAUCUGUAACUGCAAAAGAUCUGGAACUUGGAACCAAACUAACUGCCAAAGUUUAUCAAAUUCGUGCCCAUGGGUUAGUGUUGGAUUUGGGUGGAGGACGUCGAGGAAUGUACCGGUUUGAGGAAGAUAAAAACAGGGACUUUAAAAUAGGUGAUGAGAUGCGAGUUGUGUGCUCAAGCUUUUCUAGCAAGGGAAUUCCAGUAUUGUCUUUUGUGGAUGAUUAA